GUGGGUAACCUUUUCCCUUCCUUAUCCCGUUCAUAUGGUGCGUUGACUUCCUCCGUCGGUGUUAAAGCGGAGCUAUCAUGGCGGAGCGCGCACAGCAGCCCCCAGCCAAACGGCUCUGCUGUCGACCGGGAUACAAUGCAACGUGUAGACAGGGCCAGCGAGUCGGGGGGACGCCGUGCGGCGGCUCAGCCGCGACCCAAGGCGGAUCGAGCAAAUCUCAGUGCCCGGAGUCUCUCCUGGACAUCGCGGCGCGGAAAGUGGCAGAGAAGUGGCCGUUUCAAAGGGUUGAGGAGCGUUUCGAGCGGAUCCCGGAGCCCGUCCAGAGGCGGAUCGUCUACUGGUCUUUCCCGAGGAGCGAACGGGAGAUCUGCAUGUACUCGUCGUUCAACACCGGCGGAGAGGAGAUCGGCUCUAGCGGGGAGAACAGCGACGAGACGCGGCUGCCUUUCCGACGAGGCAUCGCUCUGCUGGAGAGCGGCUGCGUGGACAACGUCCUGCAAGUCGGGUUUCACCUCAGCGGCACGGUAAGAGAACCCGCCACCUCCUCCGAGCCGGAGCUGGUCUGCAGCGUGAGCGUCAGCUUCGAUCGCUGCAAAAUCACAGCCGUCACAUGUGGCUGUGGCAACAAGGACAUCUUCUACUGCGCCCAUGUCGUGGCGCUGUCGCUGUACCGGGUACGGAAGCCCGAGCAGGUCAAACUGCAUUUGCCCAUCUCAGAGACUCUAUUCCAGAUGAACAGAGACCAGCUGCAGAAGUUUGUUCAGUACCUGAUCACAGUGCAUCACACCGAGGUGCUGCCCACGGCUCAGAAACUAGCAGAUGAAAUACUGUCGCAGAACUCCGCUAUCAACCAGGUUCAUGGAGCUCCAGAUCCGACGGCAGGGGCCAGCGUGGAUGAUGACAACUGUUGGCACCUGGAUGAGGAGCAGGUUCAGGAGCAGGUCAAACUCUUUCUCUCCCAGGGCGGCUACCAUGGCUCGGGGAAACAGCUCAACUUACUCUUCAGCAAGGUGAGGGAGAUGCUGAAGAUGAGGGACUCCAACGGAGCGCGCAUGUUAACACUGAUCACAGAGCAGUUCAUGGGUGACCCCAGACUGGCACUGUGGAGGCAACAGGGAACCACCAUGACUGACAAGUACAGGCAGCUUUGGGACGAACUAGGGGCCCUGUGGAUGUGCAUUGUGUUGAACCCUCACUGUAAGCCGGAGCAGAAGACGUUUUGGCUUCGACAGCUUCGCAGGUGGAACAGUGUGGACGUCUGUCCCUUGGAGGAUGGUAACCAUGGCAGCGAGCUGACCAACCUGACCAACGUUCUGCCCCAGGGCCCUCCCGGCAACCCAGACUCCCUGACUCGGCCUCAUCGGACGGUGUUCACGCGAGCGAUCGAGGCCUGUGACCUGCACUGGCAGGAUCCCCACUUGCAGCACAUCAUCACUGAAGACCUCUACACCAACUACUGUUACCGUGACAACCACGACAGCUCCCUUUUUGAUGCCCGAGGGUGGCCCUUGUGGCAUGAGCACGUCCCGACUGCGUGUGCGCGGGUAGAUGCUCUGAGAUCACAUGGUUACCCCAAGGAAGCGCUCAGACUGGCCAUCGCUAUAGUCAACACACUGCGGAGGCAGCAGCAGAAACAGCUGGAGUUCUUCCGCACUCACAAAAAAGAGCUGCUCCCCAAAGGCAUAACAUCAGUCACCAACAUGGAGGGCUGGGUCGGCCAUCCUCUGGACCCCAUCGGCACACUGUUCAGCACCCUCAUGGAGACGGGACGAGGCAACGAGGAAGGGGUCACAGCUUUCCUCGACUUUCCAGGCUCGGUGGGUUCAGCUAAGAGGACGGAGAAUCCGCUUUUCCCGGUGCAUUGCUUCCUGGAAGAGGGUGAAUCGUUUGUGUCGCUCGCCGUAGAAACUGCUCUGAUUGGCUUAGGGCAGCAGAGAGUGAUGCCCGACGGUCUCUACGCCCAGGAGAAAGUGUGUCGCAACGAAGAGCAGCUACUGGCCAAGCUUCAGGAAGUGGACUUGGACGACAUGUUGGUGAAGAUUUUCCGCAAGCAAGCCGUUUUCCUGCUAGAGGCUGGUCCUUACAGUGGUCUGGGGGAAUUACUCUACAGAGAAAGCGUCCCGAUGCACACUUUUGCCAAGUAUCUGUUCACCUCCUUGCUACCUCACGAUGCCGAACUGGCGUACAAAAUUGCACUGAGGGCCAUGAGGUUACCGGUCUUGGAGUCGACAGCCCCUUCCGGUGACCUGUCCAGGCCUCACCAUAUAGUAUCAGUGGUGCCGAACCGCUACCCCCGCUGGUUCACUCUCAGCCACAUAGAGUCCCAGCAAUGUGAACUGGCCUCGACUAUGCUCACUGCCGCUAAAGGUGAUGCUCGAAAGCUGGAAACAGUGUUAGAGUCCAUCCAGAAGAACAUACACUCCUCAUCCCAUAUCUUCAAACUGGCCCAGGAUGCCUUCAAAAUCGCCACGCUCAUGGACAGUCUCCCAGACAUCACACUGCUCAAAGUUUCCCUGGAGCUGGGUCUUCAGGUGAUGAGAAUGACCCUGUCUACCUUAAACUGGCGGAGAAGAGAAAUGGUGAGAUGGCUGGUCACUUGCGCUACUGAAGUUGGUGUGUUUGCGCUGGACAGCAUCAUGCAGAGCUGGUUCACCCUCUUCACCCCUACCGAGGCUACCAGCAUCGUGGCCACGACGGUAAUGUCCAACAGCACCAUCGUCCGUCUGCAUCUGGACUGCCAUCAGCAGGAGAACCUGGCCAACUCUGCGCGUACUCUAGCCCUACAGUGUGCCAUGAAGGAUCCCCAAAACUGUGCCCUCUCUGCCCUGACACUCUGCGAGAAGGACCACAUUGCCUUUGAGACAGCCUAUCAGAUUGUACUGGACGCAGCAGCAACAGGGAUGAGUUAUACGCAGCUAUUUACUAUAGCACGCUACAUGGAGCAUCGUGGUUAUCCUAUGAGGGCAUAUAAAUUAGCAACAUUAGCCAUGACUCACCUGAACCUCAGCUACAAUCAAGAUACACACCCAGCCAUCAAUGACGUACUCUGGGCAUGUGCCCUCAGCCACUCACUGGGGAAGAAUGAGCUGGCUGCUGUCAUCCCCCUGGUAGUGAAGAGUGUGAAAUGUGCCACUGUGCUGUCGGACAUUUUGCGGCGGUGCACGUUAACAACCCCAGGAAUGGUGGCACUGCAUAGUCGCAGGAACUCUGGGAAGCUGAUGUCACUGGACAAAGCUCCACUCAGGCAGCUAUUGGAUGCCACAAUCGGGGCCUACAUAAACACUACGCAUUCUCGGCUAACGCACAUCAGCCCGCGCCACUACAGCGAGUUUAUUGAGUUUCUCAGUAAAGCUCGAGAAACGUUUCUCAUGGCACAUGAUGGACACAUCCAGUUCACACAGUUUAUAGACAACCUGAAACAGCUAUACAAGGGCAAGAAGAAACUCAUGAUGCUUGUCCGAGAGAGAUUUGGUUGAUAAACCAUCAAAAAAAGAAAAAAAAAAAAAAAAAACGCCUUUUUACUUGAGUCUGCUGUUUUUACUUAUUCUUUUUACCUUGAACUGAAAGUCCACCCUGACAUAUAAUUCAAACAAAUCUUAUUCCUAUGAUUUCAGACUGUUGGGUCUAAUUUUGUGAAUUUGGUGAAGUUUUUGUGAAUUAUAAUGAAGAUGCUAGCCUGUGACAUUAUUAAGUGAUAUUUAUUGACAAAGAAUUGGAGGUUGACAGAUGAAUGGAGGUCACUGUCCUAUUCAUUGUCAGUGCUAUAAAUUGUCACAGGAACGCAUCACAGAUUCUUGGUUGUCCAGAUUCCAGCUUUCUGAGAGUGCUCACAAGAUUUAAGUGACCUGCCCAAGAUGAUAGGAAUAAGAUGAGAAAUGUAUUAGGAUGAAUUUGCUCUUAAAGAAAUGUCAGAUUUAAAAAUUGAAGAAAAAAUAUAGGAAAAUCAGUGACUGUAAACAUUAAAACCACAUUUGGCAUUGAUGUGUAUAAAAUAUUUAGUUUGCAGAAAAACAGAAAAAUGUCGUGGAAGUUUGUGUUUUUCCCUUGAUAUGUGUGGAAGUGAGAGAAAAGCAAAAUGUUUUGGUUUACACUGAGUAUAUGUUGUCCAGUGGCAAAUGUCCACCUUGCACUCCUUUUCCCUCUGCCAACGCUAACAGCCUCAAAGAGAAGAGAUAUGGCUUUAAACCAAAUGGAGCAACUCUAUCUGAAGUGACAAGUACCUCUUACUAAGGAUCCAGCUUUACUCCUCCCUCAGUCCUCACCCAGUUACUCAGUGUAGCUAAAGUAUCUGUCAACUAAGAAACAAAUCAGCAUUCAGAAUUCACCUCCUGAGUCAAUAUAUUUUUAAUUUGUUUUUAUUAUUUUUAUCUCCUGAAGAGUCACUGCCCUCUCCAGGCUGAUUGUUUUGGCUUUGCAGUGUUGUUCAUACGUACUUCUGACAUUAAACAGAACAAUCUGUGCUUUUAUUAAAGCCACACUGUCACACAAAUACAAAAACAAACUGACAUAGUGCUUGCGCUUGUGGAAACUUGGCGACUGUCAACAUACGUUCUCAGGGAUUUCUCUACAAAAAAAAAA